AAAACACGUGGCAAACCGACGUAAUUAACCGAAUUGGCAAUUUUCAAAUCCAUCAUUUCAGAGAUUAAUGAAAGAAGUCAACAUGAGUACAAACAUGACACUCACAGAACCCCUUAUUUCGGAGUGGCUGAAGUACAUCCAAGAGGUAAACAGUGAGCAGGAAGAGGUCAUCAGGACUGGGAGAGAAUUCUUCAUACCUUUCAUAGCGAUUCCCACGACUGUCGUGGAGAAGGUCUUCAUCAUCGUCGACUCUUUUGCCCUUGGACCCAGAACGAAGUACCUGGCGCUGUAUAUUUACGAGAAAUUCUUGUGCAAUGAGUUCUGGGGAAUUUAUAAGGAGCACGAGAACCAUCCGGGAUCAGAGGAUUUCAAACACGCCUGCGACAGGGUCUCCAGGGUGCUGAUGCUCAGGCUCAUGAGUUGUAUUCAGCUGGCCAGCAAAAUGGACUCUCAUUUACUGGCACUGGGGAUUACUCAGGUACUCUCUGCUCUGGGUAGGCUAGAGCCUAACCAUCAGUUCACACGAUUCGCUGUCAUGCUGUCGGAAAUUAAAGUAUUCACCACAAUCAAUUUCAAAAUACCUCUUAUCACCCCUCUGGACUGCAUCGAGGUGCUGCUGACAGCAUCUAGGCUCGAUAAAAUCAACAAAUUGUACGAUACAACUAUCCACGUUCUCGAUAUGACGUAUCUCCAGCAUCAGCAGUUAUUCUCACAGCUGCAGCUAGUCUCUCACGGUUCCCUCGCCAAAACAAAAGAGGAUAAACUCAAUUUUAUGGCGAUGGAGUCAGAUAUUCUCUUCAUCAGUGCUGCUGUAAUUCGUUGUUCCAUGGAAAUUCUUCAUAUUAAAGAGGGAACGAUUGCCGGGGUCCUCCGGAAAUUCGAGGAGCUUGUGAAGAUUGACAGGAAGGACAUUGAUAAUCUAGGGAGAAUGAUCAUGACUAUGCUGGACCUUGAUAACGACAGCGAUUUUUAAUCAAUUGAUUUAUCGAUCAGACAGUUAAAAAAUGAGUGGCUCGACAAUCCACUCGAUUCUCCCCGAUAUCUCCGCACUGAAAGGAAAUAUGGAAAAGUUUAUUGGGAAUUAUUUGUAGGGCAGAUUCAGGGCUACACAAAAGAUUCAGUGAAAAUUUUUGUAUGUCCUACAGAUUCGCAGAUAUUUACCAGAAACUGAACGUCGAAUUGAACUCUUGUCCUUUGAUGCAUUUGACUUUUUUAUUUAGUAUUGUUAUUAAUAAAUUAACAAUUAAUCGAACCAAUACAGGGAUAAUUAUAGAAAUAUUUAUGUAUAAUCGUAUAGAGCUAGAAGUCAAGGGAUUAUUGAAGACGAAAGAGUGUUAACCGACGUGUGUUGUAGAAUAAAA